UUCGUGUUUCAAUGCUUCAAAAUUAAUAGUAAUAUCAAUAUAAAUAAUUAUUUAGAUUGUAAGAAACUCGUAAUUGUCAUAUCCACUAAAGUUCAAGGUUGGUACUAGAUAUGGAUGAAUACAUAGAGGAGCUUUGUGCUUUGUACUCCGUAUCUAAACUGAAAAUAUUGCAAGAUUUACUAUUAAUCAGCAAUUCUGAUAAUUGUAAUUUGAAGUUAACACCAAAGAUUGAAGAUUUUAGUAAGGAUGUGAAAACGCGAAUAAUCACAGCAAUUUACAAAAUAAUAAGCGAAGAAAAAUUUACCAAUAAGAAAAUUUUUAUUGUUUAUGGAAACUACGAACCAAUACGAGAAGCAUUAUUUGCCCGAGGUUGGAUAGAGAAAUUACCAUCCCAUCGUCAGUCCGAUCUGCAAGCACAAGUACUUGAGUCAGUGAUUACUCACGCAAAUAAAGGCAAUUUGUAUGAAUCUGUGGCAUUAUCAAAGGUUUUAGAAGAAUACCCAGCAAAUUUUAUUUGGCAAUAUGAAUGUAUGCCGGAUGUGAAUAAUGGUAUUGUGCCUUAUCGAAAUCGAAUACGUCAUAUAAACAAUCAGAAUUUUACUAGAAAAACUGGUUUACUUAAUUGCUUCGAACAGAACCUAUGGUAUAAACAAGAAGGCUUGUCUAAUAUGAUUUGUCCACGUGCAUACCGCCUUAAUGAUGGCAAUCCAGGGGAACUAACUGCAUUUAUUAAUGAUUAUCGUCAGACACAAUGCAGAAAUCUUAUUAAAUUCCUUUGGGAUAAACUGAAGAACCCAAAAUUAGUAUUUGAUGAAAAUAAAGGGACAGUACCAAAAAACAUUCUUAAGCAUGCUGUGAAUUGUUUGCAAAACCAGGCGAAGAAAAAAUUCUUGGAUGACAACAUUUCAGUUGGUGAAGACCCAAUUUGGGUAAAUUUCAUUAAAAUGUCGGACAACAUUAUUCACAAAAAGGCAAAAUUAAAAAUUACCUAUGAGAAAUUGUAUGAGCUCACUGAAAAUGGUAUGCAAUUCCUACAUAAGAUAACAAAUAAACACAAAGACUACGACUGGGAUGGCUUGUGCAAUAUAUGGAUCCUUAAACCAAGCUGUCAGUCCUGCGGCGCCGGGAUUGUGGUUAGUAGGAGCUUGUAUCAAAUAGUUAAAACUACUCAACGUAAUCCGAAUAAAUCAUAUAUCAUACAGAAGUAUUUAGAGCAUCCGUUGCUUAUCCAUGACACCAAAUUCGACAUUCGAGUUUAUAUGUUGUUAACAAUAGAUGAAUGCUUCCUAUCAAUUUGGAUAUAUAAAGAUUGUUAUUUGCGUUUUAGCUCAACGAAAUAUACCUUACAAAAUUUGGAAGAGCAAGUGCAUCUCACUAAUCAUUCAGUUCAAAAAAAGUAUCCAAUUAGUACAAAGAGAACUGCAUUACUGCCAGAGAAUAAUAUGUGGUCCUUAGCAGAGUUUCAGUCUUAUUUGAAAAGCAACAACUUGGGCGAUAAGUGGGUGAGCAAAAUAUAUCCUGAAAUGAAAGAAAACUUAACUGCACUUAUAAUGUCGGGCAGUCAACAAAUGAAAUAUAAGAAAGGAAGCUUUCAUUUGUACGGAUGUGACUUUAUGUUGAGCAAUAACUUUGAUACAAUCUUUAUUGAAAUCAACAACAGUCCUGAUCUUUCCUCUUCUACAACCACCACUAAAAUCGUUUGUUCAAAUGUUAUGCAAGAUCUCGUUCGAGUUGUUGUUGAUUUACCAGAAGAUGCACAAGCACCAACAGGUGAUUUCGAAUUGGUACAUAAAAUAAAGUAUCAGCCUUACAACAAGAAUCUUCGUCAGGGAAUUGUUAUAACAGGUGAAAUUUUGCCAUUAACUCCACUAAAAUCAAAACCAAAUCUUGACUUAAAUAUCAAACGAAAAUGAAAUUUGUGAAAUAAUAUCAUACAACAUCCAUUUCAAUAGGAAAAUAUCUCAAUAAAAUUUUUAGUAAAUCUGCUAUGAGAAAACAACUGUUUAGUUAGUGAAUUCACGGAAACCAGUCUUUUACUAGGCAAAGUAUUUAUUAUUAUCAGGCUUUAUUUUUACUUUAUUAUUCAAUUUGGUUUCCUUCCGAGUACCGCAAUGCUGGAAGCAUUCUGUAU